GCCAGAGAAUCGACCGUCCUUUUGCCUUGCGCGCCAUGACGACGCCAGCCCCGGAAGUGGAAUCCGAGAAGCUACCCAGCCUCUGGUAUGUUGGCAUAGGCCUCGAGAUCUUCUCCAGCAUGUGCGGAACUGCGGGGAAGAUCUUCGUGCGGCUGUCCAGCCUCCAGAAGCACAAGCAUCCGCUGCUGUCGAAGUGCUUGUUCCGAGUCGGCCUUUUUACCAACACCGUCGUUGGCCCCUUGAUCGACGUCUCUGCCUAUAGUUUUGCGCCUCAGUCCCUGGUGGCGCCCUUUGGAGGCCUUGAUGUGGUGUGGAACGCCCUUUUGGCGCCUUUCAUUCUCGAAGAGAAGCUGACGAGGCACCGCGCAGUGGGCAGCCUGCUAGUAAUGCUCGGCAGCAUCGGCUCCGCCUGUUUCGGCAACCAAGAGGAUCCAUUGUAUACCAUCGAAUACAUUGAAGCGACGCUGUUCAAUGAGCGCGUCCUGAUCUACUUCAUAGUCUUCUUGUUGUGGUAUUUCUUCAACCAGUUCUUCCUCAUGACCUGGCCCAUGGGAAGCUUAAUCAAGGGCCUGUCUUAUGGCUGGACUGCUGGAUCUUUGGCUGGCAACAUGUGGUGCACCAAGCUGGCCAUCGAGCUGGUCCAGACCUCCAUCAUCCAGGAAGACCCAGAGCCAUGGAAGACAUGGAUCCCAUAUGCAGCUUUGCUGGGCGCGGCGUUCUUCGCCGUGGUGAACGCCUUCUUUUUGACCCGGGGGCUCCAGCACUACGAGGCCUUCUUUAUGAUCACCACUGUGGAAGGUUCCAUGAUCCUAUCUGCCAGCCUUUCUGGUGCCAUUGUGCUCCGCGACGUCUACACCCUGCCGGCCUGGCGGAUUUCCCUUUAUUCCUUGUCAGUCUUGGUGGUCAUCCUCGGCAUGAUCGUGGUUUUCAGAGGUGAGGCCAGCAGCAAGAGCUCAUUGCUUAGCGGUAGCGCCAGCAUUGCAGCCGUGGACCAGCCCAAAGCGGUAGAGAAGGCGCAUGGAAUUCCACCCUCGCCGCAGGGCUCUUACGGGCGUCCGCAGCAGUCGCCUGGGGUGCCGCCCAGCCCAACGACCUCGGUGACUUCGCUGGACGGCUGCCGAUUGCGAGCAAUCAGUUCAGAAGACAUCGAAAACGGCGUUAUCGUGAUCACAACGCAUGGACAAGCUCAGCCAACUAUCGAGGAGAGUGACGAGGUUGAGGAGUGCAUCAAGUUGGAUCAUCCGCCUCCAAAGAAGAGCAAAUCUGAUGCCAAGACAGAUCAGACACCACUGACAGAGGCCCAAGGCCUCAUCAACACAGUGACCUACACUGACUCGGGGCUGAUACAGCUUUGAGACCGUAGCACUUCCGGCGACGGUCCAAUGUGCAUCUGAGAAAUCGACCCUGCGAAAAUCGCACGCGUCAGAACCGCACGGAUUUUUCCAGCAGGACUCAAUGUGAGGGUGCUAACCUGCUGUGCCCGAAGGUAUGCUCAAAAAGACAUGUUCACGGCAUGCAAACAGCAUACCGUGCAAGUUUUCACCUUAUUCUGGGUCGGUCAGUUCCCAAGUGUUGCUUGGGAUUAGUUCUAGAAUUGUGCUGCCCAGACCGACCGCAUCAAUUGGCAAGCCCAAAUUUCUCUUGGCUACGUGACGGCAGACA